AUGACAAGCAAAGCUGCAAAAGUUGGCGAGCUUUUUGCUAAAACAAUCGCGAGUACAAAAUGUUUUGACCAUAACCUAAAAAAAUUGAAGGUUGUGUGCUGUGAUAGUGGAAGACUGGUGACGGAAUUUAAAGUUGGUCCAGAACAUUUAAACCAAAGAGGUACUCUUCACGGAGGUUUUAUAGCUCAUUUAGUAGAUGCCAUAUCUACAUAUGCUUUAACUGCCAAUGAAGGUGUUGAAACUAGAGGGGUUUCAAUAGAUCUCAGCAUUAGUUACAUGAACGCCGCAAGAGAAGGAGACAAUGUUGAAGUUGAAGCAAUAACAAGGAAGUUGGGCAAGAAGGUAGCAUUCCUGGAAGUAGAAGUCAGAAAUAAAGAUAAAAAUCAAGUUUUAGCCACUGGACGCCAUACCAAAUAUGUAGGAGUUUGA